AUGUCCAACCCCUAUCUCCCACUAUCACCCUCUAACUCAGCCGCACCGACGACUCCCUACUCCAUCACCCCCGGUCCAUACGCAACCGCCUCCUCAAGCCAAGAACCCACCACCCGCUCGCGCACACUCUUCUACCUUUCCGUCCGCGAUUCAAAUCCCUUCUCCGAGACAUCUGGACGCAAUGCUUCAAAGAGGGCAGAGAGGCAGUAUGGGCAGCAUAUUAGCCUGGAUGAUGGGGAGGAGGAAGAGGGACUGAUUGGAGGGAGGGAGGGACAUACUGAGGUUGGGAUGAAGGGGCUGCCACCGAAAUGGGUUGACAUCAGUGAAGAAGUAGAGGAGAUCCUCGCUCGUGCCAAGCUGAAAAUCGCUGCGCUGGACAAGCUGCACGCAAAACACGUCUUACCGGGCUUUACGGAUCGUUCAGCAGAAGAGAGGGAAAUCGAAAGGCAGACUGUGGAUAUAACCAAAGAUUUCCGGCGGUGUACUUCACUGACAGGCUCAGUACGGCCCUCACAAGGAGCACCUAGGGUGCAAGUCCUUACGGCGAAGAAUGUGCAACGAGGGUUGGCACAGAAGGUGCAAGAGCUGUCGGGACAGUUCCGGAAGAAGCAGAGGGUGUAUAUGCAAAAGCUUCAAGGACAUGCUAUCAAGAACAAAGACCUGAUGGUAGCCAGCGGGGCGAUCACUUUGAAAGGUAGCGAUGUCUUGGAUGAGCUGCAAGAGGACGAGCAGGCUGUGGGUGCCUGCGUUGUUCAUGGGCCCUGGCUAAUCCGUAUCCAGUCUCAAUCACAACUCCAAUCCCAAUCUAAGUCGCAAGCGGCUAUCUCAAUCGACAUUGACCAACGAUCCUCCGAAAUUAGCCAAAUCGCCUCUUCCAUAUCGGAGCUAGCAGAGCUGUUUCGAGAUUUGGGAAAUAUGGUGGUUGAGCAGGGGACAAUAUUGGAUAGCGUGGAGUACAAUGUGCUGCAGGCUAAUCAGCAGAUCACGGAAGGAUUAGGAGAACUGAAGGUUGCUCAAAAGUAUCAAGCCAGAACAGGAAGACGGAAGUGCAUCUUCUUCCUCAUCUUGUGUAUCUUCGCCCUCAUCCUGAUUCUCAUCUACAAACCACAUUCCGACUCUUCCUCUACGCCUUCACCGACUGCCUCAGCUUCCGGAAGCCGGGGGAUGACAUUCCCUUCACCAUCUAGUGGGACUGUAGACGCUGGCGAUGGGUAUACAGAAGGAGAAGGAGAUGAUGAGAUGGAGGGAAUAGUGCUGCCGAGUGGGGUUGAACGAGUCUCACGGGGCGCUGCUUCGCCGACACUGGCGCGCAGAUCUCGGGAUCGGGCCAAGAGGCCGAUCGAGCAGCUUGAUUAG